GCAGUGACCCGGAAGCAGAAGUGACUCCCACAGGCUGAGUGCUGGGGAGCUGCAUCGGCGAUCGCAGCGGUAGAAGCAGCAAUUUAUCUGUGUGCAGCCCCAAACUGGGAAGAAGAUGCUAAUUAAAGUGAAGACGCUGACCGGAAAGGAGAUUGAGAUUGACAUUGAACCCACAGACAAGGUGGAGCGAAUCAAGGAGCGUGUGGAGGAGAAAGAGGGAAUCCCCCCACAGCAGCAGCGGCUCAUCUACAGUGGUAAACAGAUGAACGAUGAGAAGACAGCAGCUGAUUACAAGAUACUAGGUGGUUCAGUCCUCCACCUGGUAUUGGCUCUGAGAGGAGGAGGUGGUCUUAGGCAGUGAUGGACGCCCCCCUCCAUUUCACCUCCUUGUCCUGUCGCUCA